AUGAGUGCCCCUCCUCCUCCUCCUCCUCAUUCUCAUCCUCCUGUUCGGGCGGUGACGUUGAAGAACGUGUCCUGCUUGGGGGAAGAGUUGGAGAAGGAGCAAAAAGAGAAACAAAACGGAGAGGAGGAAUUUGCGACGACGAAGGAGUUCAUCAGUGCUUCGACACGUGGGGAUGGUUUCCGCUCAUCUGUGCCGAUGACAACAACAACAACAACAACAAGUGAUGCGAGAAUAGCAAAUAGAAAUGCGAAAAGAACUGCGGUGAAAGCUUCGUCGCCGUCGUCGAAAGUCGACGACGUUUUGCUCAUCUCCACAACGAACGAGACGCGCGCGCGUUUACAAACACUUCUCUCAGACAUUGGAGAUGAUAUUUUUCUCGUUGAAAGAGAAGAAGAGGAAGGAGGAGGUACCAACAACAAUAACGAGAAAACAGAAGGAGACGACGAAGCUCAAUCUUCGUUUCUGGAGGUUGUGCACUCCAUCGGUGAGCACUUUCUGCAGUUCCCGAACCACGCUAUGCCCAAGUGGUCGGUCUUUGCCGCGCACGCCAUCAAAAUCUUACUGAAAAGAACAGACUUGGCGACCGAAUUGCGAAAAGAAGAGAACCGAAAGAACAGACGGGCACUGUUGACGUUGUUGUUGUGUUUCACUCGCAUCACGAGUCUACACAAAAAAAUUAAAGACGAAGUCGAGUCAGCCAGCCGCGCUCAUUCCAACAACAUUAACACGGAAGCGUUCUCGAGAACAUCGUCCACGACGUCGUCGUCGUCGUCGUUUGGUGCGAUCAGAAAGAAAGAUAUCGUCGCCACGGACGAUCCCUCCACACAAAAACUCACGUUGGAGUGUUUCAAGACGUGCGAAAACUGUAAAACGAUGUACGAAGGCGUAAAAAUGAUACAAUCUUGCGUCGCACUCGCCAUCAUCUUAACUUUGCCGCAGUUAAACACGAACAACAAUAUUAAUAACAGUAGUAAUAAUAGCGAAAAAAACUCUGGGAGCACCGCGGAAGAUAGAAACGCGCAAAAAAGAAUCCAUUCGCCAGGAUCGGCGGCGCAACAAGGAAGAAAAAAUUCCUUCACCUCCUCUAGAGAAAGUUCUGCAUCACCGUCGCUUGAUAUAAUCACGAGUAAUAAUAAUCACAGAACUGCGAGUGGGUAUAAUCGUGGUUCUUCGCCGAAUCGGAUGUCUCCUUUGGAUUCUCCGACGUCGCAUUCGCGCUCGUUGCUGGGCUCCUCGCCUUUGGGCCAGUCCCAGGGGACCAGAAUUUCGAAUGAAUUCUCGAGGUUUUCAAACGUCUCCGCAAUUGCGCAGACUUUAGCAGCAGAUGAUAUUGAGCGCAAAGAUGCCUUUGAUAACAGCAGUAAGUACUCUUCGCAAUCGCCCUCGCGACGGACCAAUCAUGAUGCGAGUUUUGGGCACGACGGCGCGGCGUCUCCCACCAGGGCGGGUGCGGGCAGUCGUGUCGGACGAGGAGUCAUGAGGAAUCCUUCUCGAAUAUUCUACAGAGCUGACAUGGAGCUCGACGACGAUGAAAAUUACGACAAUCCGCAAUCAAAUUCGCAAAGUGAUACUCCAUCUGGGAGCUUAGGCGCAGCGCACGGAGGAAAACAGGUCAGUCCAGAGAGUCAGCGGAAGAUGACGUCCGUGUGCAGAAUAUGCGAGAAACCUGUUCCAUUAUCAGAGCUUGUGGCACACUCCGCGUGUUGUGCGAGCAGUCCAUUGAGUUCACCGCGAGGUGAUAAGCACUCGAGGCAACGUUCUAUGUCACCAGUAGACUAUCUACGCACCUCUUCGCUUUCGUCAUCCUUUGAGGAAAAAAUGAGAGUCUCAGAGUUGAGUAGAUCUCUGAGCGGCAACACGAAUUCUUCGGAUAGAGAUGACUUUCUCGACUAUGAAGGAAGCGGUAAUAACACUGAUAUUGGCAACACUAUCCCGCCGCAAGCACGAGUAUCCGUGGAAGAUUUCGAGGUGCUCAAGCUUAUUUCAUCGGGCGCCCACGGUCGCGUUUUCUUGGCGAAAAAGCGAGCUACGGGAGAUAUAUACGCUAUCAAAGCGAUAAAGAAAAGAGAUUUGGUGUUUAGAAACACAAUCUCUCGCUUGAAGGAAGAACGGGAUGCGCUGGUCUUAGCGGCGAACCCAUUCGUUAUCAAGUUGUUCUACGCCUUCUCAUCGGCGCGACACGUGUACUUUGUGACGGAGUACGCCAACGGCGGCGAUUUGUAUAGCCUUUUGAAACAGCUCGGCUCUUUAGAAGAAAGCAUGGCACGAAAAUAUGCGAGUGAAGUCGUUCUGGCGCUAGAAUACGUACACUCAGUUGGCGUGACUCAUCGCGAUUUGAAACCAGACAACCUUCUGAUCUCCUCAGAUGGACAUUUGAAGCUCGCGGACUUUGGUCUGAGCUUUGUCGGAGCGUCGCGAGACGAUAAUAUCAUCCCGAAAGCGAGCAACGAGAAAUCUCCGCAUCAUCGCUCUGGGAGUAUCAGCUCUGACGCGUUAAGUAGCGAGAAGAAGAUGGCAGUGGGAACUCCGGACUACUUGGCACCAGAAGUUUUGCUCUGCGAAACGGAUGAGAUCUCCCAAUCGGUUGAUUGGUGGUCGUUGGGUAUCAUCGUAUUCGAAAUGCUUUCGGGCGUUCCUCCUUUCCACGCGCCGACACCGGCGGAUAUUUUCGAUAACAUUCUCGCAGGCUACGACGCACACAACGUUGUCGUCACAUAUCCAGAAGAUAUCUCGGAUGAAGCUAAGGAUAUCGUGAAAAGCCUGUUACAUUCCGAACCAGACGUGCGCCUCGGGUCCCUUCUCCUCGGCGGCGCAGAUAGCGUGAAGACGCACCCAUGGUUUACAGAUAUUGACUGGGAUAAUGGCCAUUCAGAGGCUAAUUUUGUUCCCAAUGUUUCUAAUAUUCGUGACACGAGCUAUUUCAUAAAGCGUUCGUCCCAGAGUUCCUCGAGAACUGCCCGGCAAAGUUCCGAAGAGAGUUCAGACAGCGCUGGCGCGAACACCGUCGACAAUGAAUACGGAAGCUCCUCAUCGCCGCUCCGUUCACCAAAGGGCGGUUCCACUCUGAGAGAAAGAAGUAGAGAACAUACGUUCGAGUCGUACGAUAGUGGCGAGGAAGAUGACGUGGUUAUCGAUGAUGACGUGUACGAGGAAGAUUUCGGGGAUUUUAACUUCAUCAAUUUAGCCGAACUCGCUCGCAUGAAUUUGACGAGCGAAGGAAGUGGUCACGCAUAG